AUGACCGACAAGCUCCCCCCCAACCUGCUCGCGCUCUUCGCGGCGCGACCACCUCUGCGAUUCAUCGAUCCGCCCGAUCAUGCGCCUCAGCAUCGCAGGACAGUACCCAUCACCGGUGUCGCACAGUUUCUCCCGGAGCUUCAGAAGUAUAAGGAGACCGAUGUUUACAACCCCACUGAGAGUUGGUUGCAGGCCCGCGAUCGCAAGAAGCGAGAGAAGAAGGAGAAACUGGAGACGCUCCUCAGAGAAGCGCCCGAUCAUCAUAAGCCAAAUGAAGACCCCAACGUUCGCGGCGAUGCCUUCAAGACUUUGAUGGUCGCGCGUCUCAGUUACGACGCUGAUGAGAGGGAUCUUGAGAAGGAAUUUGGUCGCUACGGUCCCAUCGAGCGUAUUCGUAUCGUUGUCGAUACUCACGCUCAUGAGAAGCCAAACAAGAAAAAGAAGCCCCAUCGCGGCUAUGCUUUCGUCGUAUUCGAACGAGAGAAAGAUAUGCGAGCGGCUUUAGAUGCCUGUGAUGGUAUGCGCAUCAAGGACCGACGUAUCAAGGUAGACGUCGAACGCGGCAGAACUGUCAAGGGCUGGAAACCUCGCCGACUUGGUGGUGGCCUCGGAGGCCGAGGCUAUACUCGGGCUAUGGCUGCUCGUCCCAUGGGUCCCGGUGGCUUUAGCGGCGGUGGCGGUUUCCGUGGUGGUUUCAAGGGUUUCGACGGAGGACGCGGCCGUGGAGGUUUUAGAGGAGGAUUCGGCGGCCGUGGAGGAGGAUUCCGAAGCGGCGACCGGGGAGGUGAUCGAGGCGGCUAUGGCGCCCCUAGUGAUGCCCCAUCUGGCCCUGGAUUCGACCGCAGAAACGGCGGCGGCAAUGGUGACCGGGACCGUGGCGACCGAAGGGGUGGUGACCGAGGCCCCGGUGGGUAUGAUUCUCGUAGCGGCGGUCGCUCAUUUGACGACAGACACGGCGGCGGCCAUCGUGACGGUGGCCGAUACGGCGGAGAACGCGAGAACCGACGCACCGGCAGCAACAUGGAACCCAUCGGAGGUCGACGAGAAGGUGGGUAUCGCGAACAACGGGACCGAGACUACGACAGACCCCGUGAUGACGAUGGUGGCCGAAAGCGUGGCUAUGACGGCGGCUAUGAGGAUCCUCGAAAGCUUCGUCGUUAUUAG